AUGGCGCAUCGACAAGUGCCCGGGACAAGCUCGCUCGACGGACACGCGCCGAGUGACGUUUCCGCGGACAGUACUGAAAGGGAAGAGACGGAAUUCGCGCAGCAGAAGCAGCAGGAGCAGGAGAAGCAGCAGGAGCAGCAGAAGCAGCAGGAGCAGGCGGAGCAACAGGAGUUAAGCCAAACAUCUCCGCGCACGUCAGUUCCCUGCGCCAUCCCCCCCCACAUCAGAUCCAACUCCGCCCUUGCCGGUUGUGGAGACGAAGACGAUUCUUCCGCGGUUUUUCUCCGCGCGCCGACCCUCUCCCCCGCGCCUCUCCCACUCUCGUCCCCUGCGCCUCCCCCUCUCUCCUUUCCCGCGUCUAAUCCCCUCUCCUCUUCCAACGCCGGAAGCCCAAAACUGUCGGCGACGCAAGAGGCGGCUCUCUGGUCGGCCCGCUUCGACUGGAAUCAAUUCCAUCGGUCCCUGGUAACGGCCGGCGCGGGGGGAGCGGCGGGCGCGGCAGGCGUGGCGGUUGGAAGCCUACACCGCGCAGCACCGGGUGCCGCGACGAAUGAUUCCGAAACUGCUGCUGCUGUUGCCGCCAAAGUCGGCGGUGAUUUUGGCCCGCGACGAUUCAAUCGCGUCGGCAUCACCCGCGCGAGUACCGCCGCAGCAGCCGUUCCAGAGGAGGAACAGCAGCAGCAGGAGCAGCAGCAGGAGCAGCAGCAGGAACAGGAGCAGUGGCAGGAGCAGGAGCAGGAGGAGGAGGAGGAGGAGGAGGAGGAGGAGGAGGAGGAGGAGGAGGAGGAGGAGGAGGAGGAGGAGGAGGAGGAGGAGGAGGAGGAGGAGGAGGAGGAGGAGGAGGAGGAGUAA